CGCUUCCGGGUCCGUCAUGUGAUAAGGGCUUAAAGGGGAAGCGGCGGCUGCGGCGGGGCCGCGCUGGUGACUGUGAGCGACGGUGGCAGCGGCGCGCCGGCCGCGCUGACAGGCCCGCGGAGGCGGUGGCACCGACAGCCAUGGCCGACGACCUGAAGAGGUUUCUUUACAAGAAGCUACCGAGCAUCGAAGGUCUUCAUGCAAUCGUCGUCUCGGACAGAGAUGGUGUACCGGUCAUCAAAGUUGCCAAUGAUAAUGCUCCAGAACACGCACUGCGGCCUGGCUUCCUGUCCACUUUUGCUCUUGCCACGGAUCAGGGCAGUAAACUAGGACUUUCCAAAAACAAAAGCAUCAUCUGCUAUUACAACACGUACCAGGUGGUGCAGUUCAAUCGCUUGCCUUUGGUAGUAAGUUUCAUCGCUAGCAGCAAUGCCAAUACUGGUCUGAUUGUAAGUUUAGAGAAGGAGCUUACACCGCUGUUUGAAGAACUGAGGCAAGUUGUUGAAGUUUCUUAGCCUGAUGGUAUAGCCAGAGUGCAGCAUCCCUCUGCAGCCCAGUGGACAGGAAGAUUCAAUAAUCCUCAGUCAAAUAACACGUCUCAGAAGAAAUACCACAGCUCCUUAGUAUACUAAGUAAGAGUAAAUUGUACAUAGUACUGAAUCUGAAAUGAUCUACUAGUGUGUUGUAGGUGGAUGUUACUUUAGGCCACGCUUCUUGUAUUGUGCAGUACUAGAGAGAACACCAAAAUAGCUCCCAUGGAGUUGGGCUCAGGCUCUGCCCUCAGCUCAGAUGGGCACCUCGCAGGUCUCUCACUGUCCAGGGCAGUGGUCCUGGGCCAGCUGCUGUGCCUGCUGAGAGCCAGCUGCCUCAGGGCUGUGGAGGGGCUGGGUAGGGGCCUCUGAGGGCAGCGUGCCGGCAGGCACAGCGUGUGUCACGGGCAGUGACUGUCCCAACUGCCUUAAUGUGGGUGCUGCUCUGGUGAGGGAAUGCUACUAACUCUGAUGCUGGCUGUGUCCUGCUUCCAGGGAGAAGCAAGCUAUUUCUGUGAAAGCUGUUGCUUUAGGGCUUUUCCUGAUGCCCGGCUAAAAGCACCUGAACAAUGUCUCACUUUCUUCAUGGGAUUUUUGUGUACAAUGGUUGUGAUGAUCUCAUGUCUCAUAGUCUUUGUGUGGGUUCAUCAUUGGUGACACUCUCAGCUCAUUUACCCUGGGGGUUUCCUAAGUAAAUAAAUAUAAAUAAAAUACAAUAUUUUUAAAUGAUA